UCAGCGACCACAAGGCGAUAAGCUGCUUCAAUAAAAACUAGGGAAUUUGGGGUUGAGCUCUUUGACUGUAGUUGAGGGAAAGGUGGCGGAGGAUCACGGUAGGCAGAAGAACGGAAAACCCAAUGAAGAGUCCUUGGGAAUUGAGUGUGGUAACGGAACCUUAGGAGACUGGGUUCGAAAUCGAGUAGGAAGGAAAAGAAGAUACUCCUGUUGGGACAUGUGACUACAAGCUGGGGCUGGUGCGGUGCUGGCUGUAGGAGAAGACGUGGUAGUUGCUUUUCCCACUAAAAUACAUCAAGUAUAUGCCCAACCUUCAUGAAAAUCAAUAGAGAACCAAAGCGCCUUUUUGUGGGUGGCCUUAGUGAGACGGUUUCUGAGACAGACCUGCAAAAUCAGUUCAGCAGAUUUGGAGAAGUUUCUGAUGUGGAGAUCAUCACACGGAAAGAUGACCAAGGAAACCCACAGAAAAUUUUUGCAUACAUCAACAUCGAAGUAGCAGAAGCAGACCUGAAAAAGUGUAUGUCUGUUUUAAAUAAAACAAAAUGGAAAGGUGGAACACUGCAAAUUCAGCUAGCAAAAGAAAGCUUUUUGCACAGAUUGGCCCAAGAAAGGGAAGAAGCAAAAGCAAAAAAAGAAAAAUUAACAACAGGCAACAUCAACUUGUUAGAAAAGAUGGGAGGGGCAAAUUUCCAUAUGAAAGCUGUGCCAGGAACAGAAGUGCCAGGGCACAAGAAUUGGGUUGUGAGUAAAUUUGGAAGAGUCUUACCUGUUCUUCACCUUAAGAAUCAACAUAAACGUAAAAUCAUAAAAUAUGAUCCAUCAAAAUAUUGCCACAACCUUAAGAAGAUAGGGGAGGAUUUCACAAAUACCAUUCCUAUAACCAACCUCACUUGGGAAUUAGGAGGAGGAAAUGACCCUAUGAGUAAAAAACGGCGAGGAGAGUUCUCUGACUUUCAUGGCCUGUCUAAGAAGAUGAUAAAAGUCCAAAAGGACAAAGCUCCUACCAGGUCUUUAGGCACAAAUCUAAGGUCCAAUUCAAUAAUGGAGAGUCCCUACUUAACACAGCAACAAGCUACACAAAAGAGAACUUGUGAUUCCAUUACUCAUCCUAAAUCAUCCCCUGUUUCUGGUUCUGAUACUCAGAAACUUAAAAAGGUACUUUUUCAGACAUCUGGCUUGGAAACUGCCAGGAAGAGAAACAGCAUGUCUGAUGAUGAUAUUGAUUCUGAAGAUGAAUUAAGAGCAAUGAUUGCAAAAGAGGAAAAUUUACAGAGGACUAUGUGGUCUUCUAUAAAUGAAUCUGAAGAUGAUCCCUUUGAAGUUGUAAGGGAUGACUUCAAAUCAGAUGUUCACAAACUUUAUUCUUUAACAGAUUUAAGUGUCAAAAAUAAUGUCUCUUGCCCUGGUAGCGAUAAUAAUAUUAUGGGAAAUGAUAGUGAGUAUGAUUCAGGAGAUACAGAUGAAAUCAUUGCAAUGAAAAAAAACAUUGAUAAAGUCAAAAACAGUACAGAAUUUUCACAAAUGGAAAAAUCUAUACACAAGAAAACUUCUUUCAAAAACAGAGAAAACUCUGAUCUUUCUGGUCAUUGUAUUAAAGUACAAAAAAGAAAAAAUAUAAAUUCAGCCCUCAGUUAUGGGGUGAAGCCUCUUAAUCUUAAAUCUCCACCUGACUCCAGCAGCAGUGAAGUUGUUGAUUCUGCAUCAGAAUUAGCUAAGGCUGAAGAAGAUGAGGAGUAUAAUGCCAUCAUGAAAAACUGUCUCCGUGUGAAUCUCACAUUAGCUGAUUUGGAACAAUUGGCUGGCAGUGACCUGAAGGUUCAAAAUGAAGAUAACAAAAGUAAUAGCCCAAAAUCUAUCACCCACUACAAGUCUGACAGAGCCUCUAAGAACCCUGAUAGCCUCCACAGAGGCCGACAGUGUAUUCAUCCUGAAGAAAUUGUAGCUUCCCUUUUAGAAGGAGAGAAUUCUUACUGUAAACAGAAAACAAAGGAAAACAUCUUAAAGCCAAAAUUUCAGGCUUUCAAGGGAAUAGGCUGUCUCUAUGAAAAGGAGUCAACAAAAAAAUCCUUGAAAGAGAAUGUUAUAAAUGAAGACUGGAAUUCCUUUAAACAUGAGGAUCCCAUGAGCAUUUCCAUUGAAAGUGGUUUCACAUAUGCUAAUGGCUCAUCAAAUCAACUGACUCCAUGCCAACAUGCAGAGAAGGCAAAUGGCCCACACCAUAUUCAGUCUCAAAAAAGACAGUUCACUUUUGAGAACCCAGAUCACAAGGUGGAAUCCUCCAGCAAUUCAGAAAAGGGAGGUAGGACUCCUAUUUCUAGUCUGUUGCCAUUAAAAGGAAAAAAAUCCUUAAGUGCAAAGACUUGCAAGAUAGGCUCUGACAAAGAUAGUUGGUAUAGCACCACAAAGACAAAAGCUUCAGAGGAAGAGAGGUCUCAUUCAAGUAUCCUCACAUCUCUGGAUAAGUCACCAAAGGUCUCUUCCAGGAAGGACACACAGGAAAGCAAAACUGACUUCUCACUUUCUAUUAGUAAUUCUUCAGAUGUGAGUGCUGAAAAUAAGCAUUCCGUAGACAACCAGAAGCGUUUGGCAGCCUUGGAGGCAAGGCAGAAAGCAAAAGAAGUGCAAAAGAAGCUGGUGCAUAAUGCUCUGGCAAAUUUGGAUGGUCAUCCAGAAGACAAGCCAACACACAUCAUCUUUGGUUCCGACAGUGAAAAUGAAACAGAGGAGAUACCCACUCAGGAACAGAGCCAUCCAGGAGAACUGGUGAAAGAGUCUGUGAGUAAAGCAUCCGGGAAGCUGUUUGACAGCAGUGAAAAUGAAGAAUCUGAUUCAGAAGAUGACAGUAACAGGUUCAAAAUUAAACCUCAGUUUGAGGGGAGAGCUGGACAGAAGCUCAUGGAUUUACAGUCACACUUUGGCACUGAUGAAAGAUUUCGCAUGGACUCUCGAUUUCUAGAAAGUGACAGUGAAGAAGAACAGGAAGAUGUAAAUGAAAAGAAAACUGCUGAAGAAGAGGAGCUUGCUGAAGAAAAGAAGAAAGCCCUGAAUGUUAUGCAAAGUGUCUUGCACAUCAACUUAAACAGUUGUACAAGCAAAGGAUCAGUAGCUGCUAAGAAAUUCAAGGACAUUAUACGUUAUGAUCCAACAAGACAUGACCAUGCCACUUAUGAAAGAAAAAGAGAGGAUCAACCAAAAGAAAGUAAAGCAAAACGAAAGAAGAAAAGGGAGGUGGCUGAAAAAGUACCUGAAGUGUCUAAAGAAAUAUAUUAUAACAUUGCUACGGAUUUGAAAGAAAUAUUCCAAGCUACAACAGAUACCAAUGAAAAAGAAGACACUCCAUGGAAUGAGGAUUGUGUUGGAGAGAAAUCUAAGGAAAUCAAGGACUCUGCAACUAUGACAAGUGAAGCUGAGCAGCCUGCUAGCUUCACAUUCUCCUUUUUUGGUUCAGACACUAAAGACAUUAAAGAAGAGAUCUAUAGAGUUGAAACUGUGAAACCUGGGAAGAUUGCCUGGCAAGAAGACCCUCGUUUCCAAGAUAGCAGUUCAGAAGAGGAGGAUAUUACUGAAGAAACAGAUCACAGAAAGCCUAGCCCUGGAGAAGAAUCAUUACCUCGGAAAGAGACCACUAGAUUUUUCUUUUUCUCUGAGAAUGAUGAAAGACUUCAUGGUUCUGAUUUAUUCUGGAGAGGAGUGGGAAGUAAUAUUAGCAAGAGUUCUUGGGAGGCCAGAACAAACAACUUGCGUAUGGAUUGUCGGAAGAAACAUAAAGAUGCAAAAAGGAAAAUGAAACCAAAGUAAUAAAUGUCAGCAUUGGCGUUGAUCCUGAAUGUGAAUGAGGCUUACCUAUGGAAAUUGACCAAGUAAAUAAUUUUAGCUGACAAAGAAGACAUUUUUGAGUGAUAGAAUAUUCAAAAGCUGGGUGAUGGAAUAUCAUUGUGGUAGCCAUCUUUUACUAUGGAAUUCCGCUGUAUUUCUUCCUAAGUAAUUACUUCAAAAAAUUAAACUGAACUUUUUACAAAUGAAGCACAGAGAUGGUUACCCAAAAUAAUUCCUUUUUUGCAGUUUUUGGCCGGGGCUAUGUUUGAACCCCGCCACCUCCGGCAUAUGGGACAGGCACCCUCUCCCUUUGAGCCAUAGGCACUGACCCCCAAAAUAAUUCUUAUAUAAAUCUUUGCUUUCCAUUCUCAAUAACUAAUGAGCAUCUUCUGAGACAUGAAGACUUUCUUAAUAAAUCAGUCAGAGCAUUUAUGUUUUCUAAGUUAGGCUUUGUGUAAAUCAGAGGUUAUUUUAAAUAUUUAUUUCUGACUGUUAAAUACACCUCUCUUCUCUUUGCCAUUGUUUGAAAGGAUUUAAGUCAGUAUUGAAUUCUGUACUUGUGUUCUUAUGAAUAGCUAACUGAAAUAUGCAGGACAUUUGAGACCAACAUCGAAUGAGAGUUCUGUAAGGACUGCUAGGCUAAGCCAAAUAGAGAGUUUUCCUGUACUUGUGGCCUCUAGGAAUUAGGGAGCAACAUAAUGGAGGCAGACCCAGCAAUCUCAAAAUUCUAGUUAGACUGGAUAAUUAUGAAGAAUACCAACUGUCUAAAAGAUACAUAGUUAUGAUUCCAGAGUUAUGAUUCUGGAGUUAUCUGACUCCAGAUAGGAAAAAAAGAUUUAAUAUUUCAUUAAAUAAAGCAAGCUGGCCAGGGCUCAUAACAGAUGUUUCUCCUAUUAAAAUGAGCUCAGUAUGAAAUAGUAUUACACAGACAGUCUAAGGGCUAUCAUUAAAUUAUGAUGUGUCCAUCUAAAAUUACCUUAGUAUCUAUUGAUUUACAUCUUGCUUGAAUAUAAAAGUGUUGGGAUCUCAUCUGGUUAAUCAUCAUGUCCCCAUUGCCUAGAACUGUGCUUACCACAUAGUGAAUGAUCAGUAUGUAUGUUUUUUUUCAAUAAAUAGGGUCCAAGGAACUAUGUAGUUUAAAGGGUCAUUCCAAUUCCUGUGUUUCUAAGUCUUUAGAAAGAUUUCAGAUUUCAGAGAGAAUGGAAACAAUGACUCAGCAGGAGAAAUAAUACAAAUGUUCCACCGUCUCUUCAGACAGAUCAUAUUUACACCUUUUUAACUAUUGCUGCAUAGUAAACCAUCCCUGUAAUGAUCAUUUAUUUUGCUCAAAAGUAUCAAUUUGGUUAGGACUCACUAGGAACUGCUCAUCACUUCUCCAUGUGGUAUCACUGGGGUAGUUUGGCAGGGACUAGAGAAUCUACUUCUAAGGUGGCCUGCUCACUCAGUGUUUGUCCAUCAGCUUCCUUAAAGCAUAGCAACUUGGCUCCAGGGGUAGAAAGUUGACGCUGCCAGUCUCUUAAGGCCUGGGUCCAGAAACAGGCUCAAAAUCACUUCCACUUUAUUCGAAAUGUCAAAAUAGACACAGCAGCCACCCAAACUGUAACAGAGGGUACACAUAUCCUCACUUUUUGGUGGAAAGAGUGUCAGUUUGUGGCCGUAUUUAAAUUUGGCACACCAUCUUCAUCUCCAAGACAUACAAAUAAGUGACAUCAAGUAGCCUUGCCCACCUUAAUUCCUGCUACUUAGAUAAAACCAUGUUCAACAAUUUUAUCUGUUUCUUCUGAUACUUAUCUCCAUAUUGAUAUUUGUACCUAAGAUGCUUAUGCUCUGAUUUCUUGGUUUUUUAGUUUCAGAUACAACCUGUUCACUUCCUACUGUGAAAACUGAUUCACCUCUUUAAUCCAAGUAAUAUAUUUGGACCAAAGUUAACUUUUUGCUGAAAUCAUAUCUUUUCAAAUGGUUUUUUCAGACUUAAAGUUUUGAUACCUUCCAACAGUCCUAUAAAAUGUUUCCUCUUCUAAAUUUUAAAUAAUCAGACCUGUCAUUUUCCUAUUUCACCUUUUUUCCCCAGAAACAUUUGUCCUGGAGCCCUCUGUCCUGCUCUAAUCUGGACUACCUGGCCAAGUGAUAGAAAUAAACUGAACAGCCAGGUAUUGUGGCUUACGCCUAUAGUCCUACCUACUCAAGAGGCUGAGGCAGGAAAAUCACUUCAGCCCAGGAGUUCAAGGCUGCCAUGAGCUAUUGUGACUACUGCACUCUAGCCUGAGUGACAGACCAAGACCCUAUCUCUAAAGGGAAAAAAAAAUUAAAAAGGAAGAAAGAAUAUGAAAAAAGUAGCCAUUUCAUUAGUAGUAAAGUUAUAAAAGGACAUUUAGUACCUAGAGACCAUAAAGAAUGUUGAGUACAUGGUAAACAGACUUACGAACAUGUUAAGUUAAGGAAGCACUUUCUACCUAUUCCAGGCCACAUUAAUUUUUUUCUGUCUUUCUAAAAAAUUAGGCAGUUACAGAACUAUUUUCAAUUUUUCAAGGCUACAAAUUUCCUUCAGAGGCCCACCCUUUGCAUAGUUCCAAAUUUUCUUUUAUUAUUAACCAGAUCUGAAAAGUACCAGGCAGAUACACAGGCUGGGUGCUGCGGCUCACAUCUGUAAUCCCAACACUUUGAGAGGCCAAGAGUUCAAGACCAGCCUGGGCAACAUGGCAAGAUACCAUCUCUAAAAAAAAUUUAAUGAUUAGCUGGAUGUUG